UUAACACACAAAAACGCUUUCUUUCCUUUUUUUUUUUAUCUCAAAAAAUGGAAGACAAUCAAAGAGAGCUACAGCUCCUCCCUACGCCACAGUACACGAGAGGUCCGUAUGCGCGUGCCGGACCAUCGUGGCCGUUAGAUACGAUACGAUACCGAUCAGAUAAUAUCCAUUUCCCCAAUUUAGAGAGUAGCAGUAAUUCUACAAAUAAUGGUCCUUGUCUAGACUUGCAACUAUCUAUUAGUCUUCGGCCAAUUCAACCCCCACAAGAUCAUUAUAUGUCGAAAAGUGAUCAAAAUAAUAAGCAGCAGCAGGGGGCGGGACGAGGAGUUGAAGGGUUGAAAUGGCAAGCAGCGGAUCAAAUUCGGAUAGCAACAAUGGAGAAAGCGUAUGCGGAGCGGGUAAGGGAGAUGACAAAGCGCGAAAUGGAGCUCGCACAAUCCGAAUUUUCGAGGGCAAGGCAUAUGUGGGAACGAGCACGAGAAGAGGUUGAAAGAGUGGAGAAGAUGAAAGAAAGAGCUACUCGAAGGAUUGAUAAUUCUACUAAUUGUCUGGAGAUUACUUGUCAAGCUUGUAGGCAAACAUUUCGACAUUGAUCGAUCGUUAAUUUCUUUGCGACGAUUCGAUAUUUCAUGAUCAGUUUAAAUUGAAUAUCGCGUAAAUUAUCUGAUUCUUAUUAUUUAAACGGUCAUAAUAUAUAUGAUCAACUUUAAACUUUUUCAAUUACCUAAUCCAAUCCAAUACCAUGUUGCUA